AUGGAUUUGAACGCAAAAAUAGAAACAUUGAAAUCUAUGGGCAUCCCAGAACCUGAUGCUAGAGAAGCACUAGCAAGGUGCAACAAUGACGUUGAAGGAGCAGCCGAAUAUAUUUUUGGUGGCCAUUUAGAAAAGAAUCGCCUUGUUCCUGUUGCCUCUAAUGUCUCUCUAGAGUCCUCUCUUCCCAGCUAUAAUGAUUCAUUCUUUCUUCCUUCUCCUCAAAAGCGUAAGAGGCUUAUCGAAAGCGUUGGAUCAGUUUUAAAACCAAGCCCUUUGUUCCCUUCUAUCGCUCCUUUUCUGGUAGCUUUAAACGGGAUUCCGCUGGCCAAAAAUGUGCUUAUUCAAUCUCUUAAUGAGAGCGGAUCUCUCGUUGAUUCAGAACCCUAUCUAACAGCCUCACAUCCUCAGGAUCAGCUGCAUCCCUCUUCUUCGUCUAUAUCUCGUUUUAGUCAACAAUCCUACCACCGCUUUGGUUCUCCUGCUUGGUGGUUUGGUGAAGAACCAUGUGUCCCUCCUUCAAAAGACGUCCGCUCGAUACUACAUUUGCAGACUGCUAGAGCUUUGGAAUUUCUUAGUUCGUCGCAUCGUUUGUAUCUUGAUUCCACUCACAUAACCUCUGCUUUUUCUCAAUUGUUGUCUGAAGCGGGACUUCGUAAUCAGUCUUUGUCUGAUUGCGACGUGCUCACCUCCUUCUUGUCAAAUUUCUUUAGCCAUCCGAAUCGAAGAUAUGAAGAAACCUUUGCAUCCACUUUGAUAAAGGGUAAUAAUGAGGAAAGGAGCAGUCACUUGUUUUCAUUUAAGCCGAGUUCAUCUCCUGAUCUUCGACUGAGUAUAGAGUCAUGUUUGGAUCUUCGGUUACACCCUCCUUCCAUACCUACGAAGGAUUGGGCAUGGCUAAGCAGGCCUGCCAAAGUGUUUUGCUGCUCUGUUCCUGGAAACCGAACAUCCGGUGUUCCUCGAAUUCUACUGACGACGAAAAUUAAUUUAAGUAAAUGCAUAUAUGAAAAUAAGCAAGCAGUGCUGCACCGAUAUCAACUUGAAACAGACUACAAGACAAUAUUGAAGGAAUGGGAAGAUUUAUUUAAUACGCUUACUGGGAGAAAAAUUUUAAACUGUGACAUUACAGAACUGUUGAAUGACGGUUAUAUCCUUUUGAAAGAUAGAAACUUGGCAUUAGCGAGUCAUUUGGACGUGAUUAAGGAGACGACCAAGAAUAAAUUGAAUACUUUGGUCGAAAAUACGAACGCAGUACAUCACAAACUCGCUUCAUUAUAUAAUGAUUUAAAGAAUUCAUGUGUUCGACGCUUGAGAGCAGUAAUCCUGGAACCUUCAAUAUUAUAUAUUUGUUUAGACCAGCAUAGUACAAGGGAGAAUAAUGAUCUGCGUCAACUAAGUCCUACCAUGGAUUCUCGCCAAUGGUAUUUAGUGAAUUUUACAUCUGCUGCCGUUAUAACUGAUGAGGUUUUACCAUGUGCUGUAAAACCUGUAACAUUUGACGAAGUUGUACUCAAUUUUGAGAAUCAUGUCUCUUAUCACUCUCGAUUUUUGAUUUAUGUUGCUGAUGAGCCACCAACAGAUUCCCAUGUUCCGUCGAUACCAAAUACGAUUAAGCACUUUAUUCAAGAAGACAAUGAAUACUUCGAUGAUGAGCUUUCGGGACGUGCUUUUUGUGAUAGUGCUAGCACCCGAAGCUCUAGAAGCAAUGAUAGUGGAGACGAUACAUCCGACUUUGAUCCUGAUGAUCAUGGAUUACAGUUACGUAUUCCUCGUAUUAAUACAAAUGUACGAGGACAUCAAUCAAGAAACAGCGCUUGCGAGUUCCCUGAAAGUAUGCAUGUGGAGCAUAGUAAAGAAGAGUUAUGA